GUUCGCCGAUGAGGACACAAUUUCACUAUUAUAUUCUUGUCAUAAUUGCGUUUCUUGGUCAGUAAUAAAGACGUUAGUUGACAACCAAUGAAUUGUUCAUGGUGUACAACAAAUAACGACAAGGAAAUGUGUGUACAGACAAGAAAAUAUGUAAAUAGCUUGCAAACAUUUUGGACGUGAUAUCUUGCACCUAGUGACCUUAUUUGACAUUCUUUCAGCGGCAAAUUCAAAGUUACAGCAACAUGAAGACCAGAGACCAAAAGAAAUACUUGCCGCCUAUGGUGAAGCCUGAGACCCUCAAACAGAAAGAGAAUAACAAGGUGCAUGACACUACAAUCAAAUCACACAGUCUGAAAAUAACUUCUAAAGAUGUCACAUUUAAUGAAAGAACAGUCACAUUUGACUUAAACCCUGAGGUAAUUAGGGCACUAGACAGGUUAGAAAUGGCUAAAUCACAGAGAACGCAACUUGAAGUACUUGCCAAACUUGAAGCCAUUCAUGACCGCAUCCGACGGGCUUUAUCAUCUGGUGGACUUCCUACUAAUGUUUACAUGUCAACAAAGGAGGCACAGAAGGUAAUUGAACAACAAAGUCGACCUCCCUUCUUUGAAACCAAAGCAAAGAAAAACAAGCUAGAACAUCAGAGACAGAUGAUGGAACUGAUUGCUAACUUCCAAGAAUGUUGUAAACAGAGAUCAUCAGUGGUGGAUGAGGUAUAUGAUUGGUUGCAAUCGUCCAAAGAUCUGGAGGAGAAUGUUGUAUCUGGGAAAGUUCUUGCUAAGCGGUUGAAGGAGUACAAUGACAUUGCUACUGAAAUAGAGGAUGCAUUGAAAGUUGCAAAGGGCGCUGCAGGUAAAAUGAACACUUUAGGGUACAAGAUGUUGAAAGCUGCUGGGGAAAUAGACUCAGAUGACGAGGAGGCAGAUAGGCUUGGGCUUCCAAGACCAGUAAAACAGAAUAAACCUUCUGAAAAGACUACAGUGUUUGAUGAGAGCAUGCUAUUAGGUGAUACAGGACACUUUAAGAAUGCAUGUAAAGAGGUGAAGAAAACAUUAGAUGACACUAUUAAGAGCACAAAAUCUGGAACCACUCGUCUAUUGAUGCGGGGUGCCUCUAAGCAGUUCAAGUUCAUAACAAGUGCCAUUGAAAAGAGAAAUGAAGAUUAUCAAAAACAAGCUGAACAGUUACUUACGACAUCACUGGACAAUGAUCGCCUGAAUAAUGCCAAUGAGAGGUUGAAUGGAGAGGUUGUGGCCUUUGAGAAGAAUGCCAAUCGAUUGGAGAAUCAGUCAGAAAAAUACAAAAAACUUUUGAAAGAAUUAAAAGCUGAGAACUAUCUUAUGGAACAAAAGAUGGAAGAGUUAUUUCGCGAAAUCGAGGACUUGAAGCAUGAACCGGAAAAACAUACAAGACAACCUAGCAACAUUACCUUCAGUAAAGAAUCUUUGAGAUCUGUACGGAAGAAAUCUUCAGGUGAAUUGAGGGAAUGUUGCAAGGUGUCCAGUAAGGCAUCGUUGAGUGACCACCCUGUAGUAAUGAACCUGAAGGAAGAGAUUGAGGAAUACAAAUCCCAGGUACAGAGAUGUACUGAAGAUGCAAUUCAGAUGAAACAAGAUUUGAAACAUGAGCAAGAAAGGAUGGCAAAGCUUCAAGCCCAUAUGGAGAUGCAAGAAAUGAAACAAGCCGAGAAGAAGAAACUGUUAGAUGAGCAGCAACUCAACAACAAAUUCAAAUCUCUUCAAGCUGAAAAUGAUAAACUUGAGGUACAGAUUGCUCAUCUCAACACAGAACUUAAUUGUAGGGAUGAAAAGAUUGAAUACUUAGAAAAGCAACUCCAUGAUGGGAAUAAGGAAUCUCUGUCACCAAAGCGGAAGUCAAGCUCUGCUGGUGUUGAUAAGGAAAAGUCAAAAGAACUGAAGAGAGUUGUAACUAAACUUUGUAAGGAGCAUGAGGGUGAACUAGCCACACUGAAUGAUCACAUAGCUAAGGAAAAACAGAGACAUGAGGCCAGUUUGCGUAAAGUUGAGUCCAGCCAUCAGGAGACCCUUGUCAGCAUACACAAAGAGAGUCUCCAUCUUUUGAGAGCUAUUAAUAGAUUCAAGGAAUCUCUAGCCUCUAUCUUGGAGCGGGAGAACAUGCCAGCUGGUGCAUUUGAAGUGAGACAGUUAGAAAACUUGAUAACAGAUGAAAAGACAUCAACAGACACACGUCAGAUGCUGUGCAAUAUGGCAGGAGAUGCUGUUGAAUUGUUGGUAUCAUUGGAGUCUAAACUGUCCCAGACACUCAUGAACAACAGUCUAGAGAUUAAAGAUGAACAGCUUUCUAAAAGCUUUGCUACUAAGGAUCUACAGGCUCAGAUGGAGAUUGUCACGAGAGUGAGGAAAGAGAACAAUGACCUCAUAGAUAAACUCAGAAAUGUUAAAGAAAAGCUGGCUAAUACAGAGCAAGAUUUGAAAGAUAUCACCAAGAUGGAGAAUAAGAAAUACAAUGACUUAAACGUGCGCUACAAAUCCCUGUGGGGGCAAUAUGGUGCGGUGGAGCGACAACUGGCACAAUUACAAAUGGAUUAUACAGGACUCAUCAAGAAGAAAGACAAGGCUGUGAAAUCUGUUGUUCAAAUGAAGAAAGAAAUGGCAAGAUCUUUGGAUGACCAACGUAUUGUUGUAACACAGAUGCAAUUAGAGGCUCGGCGUAGGAAAGCAGAGAAUGAGAGGGACUUUGUGCUGAGCUUGGAGGACCAGAGAAAGAACCUUCAUGUUGUAGAGCAGGCUUUCACUCAGAACAAAAUAUCACACGAUCUGUAUGAGUUAACUGUUGAUUUGAUCAAGAAGGCAAUUUCUAUACCAGAGUUAAAGUUACGUCAUCUUUUUGAACGAUACAUUGCAUUUAGGAAGUUCAAAGCUGAAAAAGUUAAGCUUCAAACAAACCUGAAGAAUGCAGAGUUACCUCCUCAGCAGAGUGCAGAGCUCCGUAGCUUCCUCCACGUCAUAAAUCGUAGACUUCACAGAAACAACAAAAAAUGGGAGGAAAGGUUGACAGAACUGAAGGAAGAAAGAUGUCACUUGUUUGAACGAAUGUGUAAAUUGUUUAGUGAUGUGGUUAGUGAAACUGGCCUGCUAUUGAUUCAACCAAUCAAACAGACUGAUUUAGUUGACACCGGGAGUCCACCGUUAAUGGCAAGGUCACCAGGUUACCCAGGGGAUCUUGUGCUGCCCCCUGUUGAUCCAAUGCCCCAAGCUCUUGUGGGGACUGGGAUGCCUCUUCUGGGGGAUAGGGGACCUUACUGGAAGUCACCCUCUCCUUUACCACUCAGUCCAGUUGGACAGAGGAAGUUACAUGAAGUGUCCCGCCUACUUGAUCUUGACGUGAAUCAAGCCAGAGUUCAAGCAAUCAGGCGACUCCAAAAGAUGUGUAAGCAACCGCUACCUGUUGCUAAGGCAACCGCUUAUGACUAUGUGGAACAUGUAAAACCAUUGGAAGAAUCACUACCAACAUUUGGAUUUACUUACAGGGAUGAUCCCUCUGAAUACUAAUCAAUGAAAUUAUUGAUAUUAUCUUUAAUCAAUCAGUUGAUUAUGAUAUCAUCAAUUUAUUUUGAUCAAUUUAUUUAUUAUGGUGAUUGUAUUAUGGACAAUAUUAUUUUGAGUAGUAC